AUGGCGCAAAUACUUAAUACGACUUGGCUCGUGUCCGCAAGCUACGUUCAAGAAACGGCUGGUUCCUGGGACAAAAGAACACCUUUGGCAGGGUCACGCUUUUGUGACGCGGGACUUGCUACACAAUCACAACGUCAACGCAACUCCCACUGGGUGGCGUGGUACAUGGGACUCAAGCUUCGGUUUUGGUGCGGCUUUCGUUGGGUUGGUGGUGGCAACGACGCUGCACGGAGGUCGCCGUCAUGGCAUUUGACACAAUAUACCAAACACUUAUCACGCAUACUGAUUCCAUUGAUUAUGGCCGUCGCAGUUUAUAUAUAUACCAUUUCGAAUUGGGGAAAUCCCAAAAUUCUUGGCCGACUUGUCUGGAGCAUGUUGGUCGAAGUGUUAUUCAACGUGGGUAUGAUUAGUGUCUCCACCGAUAGGACUGAUAGGCCUGUUGGUGGUUGGGUUUUCGGUACAGGGUUUCACGGCGUUCCUCGUUCAAAGGUCAAUUUAUAUUAUGGUACCUUCCAGUCCUCUUCCUCUGAUUCUCUUCGUAGUUUUCUUGCAAUGCGCAUAUGGAGAUCUCAAGUUGUGGUAGGGUUUACUCAUAGCUGGGGAAUCUGUGUUAUCACUGCGAUGCGAGGGGCACAACACUUUUGGCGCGCCACGGGCGUGCGGGAGCGUGCAAACGUGGCAUGA